AUGCGAUUGUGUUUGAACGGAGCGGCGACGCUUUGUCCCACCGCUUUUGUGGAUUUGGAUUCGAUUAGAGAGGAGCCGUCGACGCCUUUCUCGGCAUCGCGAACUUUUGAAAGAGACGACUCUGUAUUCUUUCGAGAGUCGACGUCUUCUAGUCCAGAAGACGUCCGACACGUCGUCGCGACGUCUUCUAACACUUCCUCACCAUUCAAAUUUAUGGAGAAUCUACAGAGGAAACGGAAGAGCAUGUUUAGGCGGAAUCAGUCGAGCAGCAGUCUCAUCCCAACCGAAAAGCGUCGAACGUGUCGUCGCCCGUCGCUUCCAUCGAUUCCGCCAACGAUCGAUGAGAUGAGCAGCAGUGUUGGACACGCACGAAGUCGUCGACCGUCGCUUCACAACGAUUGGACCAACGAGCAUCACUUGAUGAAUGGAAGAAACGGUGCUAUGGUUGAUGUGAGUUUUUUUGGAGAAAAAGGAUCAAAAAUGGGGAAAAAUGAGCCAAAAUGGGAUCUGAUACGAUAA